AUGUGCAUCAAGAGAGGUAUCCUUUGCUUGGGAUACGAUGAUUCUCGGCGCUUUCUCUGCCACCAAUUAAUUCCUCAGCCUACGCGAACCGGUGAGGCCAAAAGACCAGUCCGCCAGCUUGUCAGCCAUAUGAAUCCUCUCGCACUCCCAGCUUCCUUAAGCAUGAACGCUGAAAUACGAACACAGCUGUUUUCGACAUUUAUGAGCACUUUCUUUGCUUCCAAUAGUGGCUCUGACAGCAAGAGCGGCAGCUUGUAUUUCCUGAUGGCCCGCUUCCCUACUCUAGCUGGUGAAUCAGAGCCACUGGACCGAUCGAUCAUCGCACUUGCAUCUUCAUUCCUAGCCAAAAUCAGGAGAGAUAAAUCACUGGCACGCGAAGGCUUGGAGAUCUACAACUCCGCGCUUAAUGCCAUGGCGGGUGCGAUGCGGCGGAGCCUAUCACCGACAUUCCAUAUGCUCUUCGCCACAAUUAUGUUUAUACAUUUGAAGUAA